GUGUCUCACCAUACUACUUCUGAGUCUCUUAAAUCGCGCCAGCCAAGUCACAACUUACCCAGCAGAACAAUGUCGGACCAUGAAGACCUCGAGUGGGAACCGCCGACUGUGGACACUUCAACCACCUACCCAAGGCAGUGCGGAGAUCUGGAAAAGGGCGGCUUCGUGAUGCUGGAGGGCCGCCCCUGCAAGAUCGUGAAAAUAACCAUUGCCAAAGCUGGAAAGCACGGCAGCGCCAAGGUUGACUUGGUAGGAACCGACCUCUUUACUGGUAAGACGAUCGAAGUUGUGUCUGCUUCUAAUAUGAACAUGGAUUGCCCAAAAGUGACCCGUACGGAGUACCAGCUGAUCGACGUUACGAACGGCUUCUUGAAUCUAAUGGACGACAAUGGAGAUACACGCGAUGAUAUCAAACUGCCCGACGGUGAUUUGGGCAAGGAGAUCUCAACCUGCAUUGGAGAUGAGGAUUAUGACUAUUUGGUCUGUGUCUUAAAAGCUUGUGGUGAAGAAAUGGCAAUUUCUCUCAAGAAAAUGGCAAAAGAGUAAACUGUGAUUUUUUGAGGUACCGGUUACUACAACGCAACGGCACAGAGCUACAUCGGUGACCAUGGAGCUGAUCGCAACAUUCGCACAAUCAGAACAUCUCAUGAG